CACACAUUCUAAUUUCUACUAGAUUAUAAACUGGUGUAAUUGCUCCAUCCAAAGCCAGAGUAGGCAGGCUGUAGGGUAGUUAUGGGGCGCGGGAAGAUAACGAUCAAGAAGAUUGAGGACAAAACUGUGAGGCAAAUCACCUUCUCAAAGCGAAGAGCAGGGCUGCUGAAGAAGACCCAUGAGCUUUCUGUGCUCUGCGAUGCUCAGAUUGGGCUCAUCAUCUUCUCAAACACAGGGAAGAUGUUCGAGUACUGCAGCAACUCAUCAAGAAUGGAGCAAAUAGUAGAAAGAUAUCAGAAAGCUAAGGGGACAUUUAAACAUGAUAACAAGCUGAAAAUACACCAUAUCGAUGAGUUGAAAAGGAUAAGAGAUGAAACUCAUCAUCUUCAAUUGACCUUACAACACCACUCCACCACUCAUGACCUGAGCUCCAUAAGAUAUGAGGAUUUGGAGGAGCUUGAACAACAGCUAGAGCACUCAAUGAACAAGGUCCGAGUCCUCAAGGAACAAAUGGUGGAGGAAAACAGUACUGCUCAUAUGUGCCACUGGGCUCAAGAGGGACAGACUGCAUUAGUCCAUCAGGCAAGCACAACCAAAUCAAACCAGGUGGAACACCAACAACAACAUCAAGUAGUGCUGGAUCAGUAUCUGCCAUUGUUUAGAGAGCAACCCAGCAAUGCCGUCCUUCAGCUUGUGCCCAUCCCUCCUCAGUUUCACCCAUAUCAUUAUCUCCCAGGAAGCUAUUGAGAUAUAUAUGUAUUCAUAUAAAUAUGCAGUUUGUUUUAUGCUUAGAACACCUAAAUAUGUUUUUCCAUUUUCUUUAUGGCAUAUGUGCUUGUGAACUAUGUAAAUGCUAUUUGGGUUCGUUUGCUGUU